AUGGUUGGCAAAGACGAAGCAAAGCGACAGAGUUUCUAUGUGGUGUAUGUACCGGAAGAUGAGAAUAAAGAUCUCGAGGAGUGGGCAAUUAAGCUACCGGCAGACAAGGAGGAGCAGCUAGGUUGUUUAACGGAACGGCUACGCGAGCAUUUCAAGGGCGGAAGCACUACCGUGUUCAAGCAACAGCAAGAGGAAACUUUCAAGCAACAACUGCUUGCCCAAUUACCCAAGGGCGCCGCACUUACCGAUGAGAUGAUGAAGAUGAUGCUUCAGAUGGAUAGUCUUGUGGACUCAAUUCCGCUUGUGCUGAAUACGUCGGACGUCAAACAUAUGAUGGAAGUUAAGGGUGAUGCUUUCAUUGGACGGGUCUUUGAUAACGAUGACGAUUUUGUGCGUAUGGACUUCCGGUUGAGCGAGGUAUCAGGUAGUGCACAGUGGAUGCAGGUGGCAAAACUUCAGUCAAAUGCCGCAGUGGCGCGUAAUGGAGGAGAAGCAGCGGGCGGUAUGCUGACCCGUGCUAAGGCUCCGAGCAAGAUGAUGUUGCCCGGCUCGAUUCAGCGUAUAUGUGGAGCUGACCGGUGCUCAAAAAACGGCUUGCUACGUUGCUCGCGAUGCAAGGCGCAAUUCUACUGCAGUAUGGAAUGCCAGAAGAUAGAUUGGAAGCUGCACAAAGUUGGAUGCAGUAAGUAG